AAGAAUGGAGAUGAGAAGAAGAUGGUGGGUGAGAAGGAUGGAGAUGAGAAGAAGAUGGUGGGUGAGAAGAAUGGAGAUGAGAACAAGGAGGGUGCAAACCGAAAGGGUGAAGCUCCUCCAUUCCCACCACUCCCGCCCAUGCCCCCACCACCCCCCAUCCCACCGCCAGCUGACAUGACGCCGCCGCCAUCUGCAGUGCCGACGCCACCGCCGCCAGUGCAGCCGACCAAGAAGCUAUCGGAGCUUGUGAAGCCACCAGUGAAGGCAUCCGGCCGGCCAAAAGAAAAGAAGAUGCCCAAGCCGCCAUACCCGCCACCCCCAGCCCCGGCAGCGAAGCUCAUCAAGGCGCACCCAAAACCAAAAUGGAGGUCCAAUGAGUGGGAACGUAUCAUCAAGGUCGAUGAUGAUGAGCAGACUGAUGACGCAUGGGGGGCGUGGAAGGGAGAUGACACCAAGAUCGACAAAAGCUGGACCAUGCCGUCCUGGGGCCAUGGUGGCUGGGGCACUCAUGGGUGGCAUGACCAUGCGGUCAAUCCAGGAUGGGGCGCUGCCGAUGCUGGUGGAUGGGGCCCUGGCGCUGGCUCAUCGACAGAUGGCCAGCAGUGGCAGCACGCCAUGAUGACGGCUGAGGGCCAGGGUUGGAGCAAGAUUCUGAGCUUGAAUGCAUCGAUGAGCUGGGGCAUGGAGAGGAACAAUGACAGCUGCACCAUCACGACCGUGGCCAAGGCAGAAUGCAUGCAGAUCGAGAAGCCGAAGCGCGUGCGAGAUGCUUCCAACCGACGCCGUGGAGGCUACAAAUAUCAGAAGCAGCUGCAGAACCGGAUGCGUGAGCAGGAAAGGAUUGAGCAAGCCGACCAGAUCAGCCAGGCUCUGAACAUCAUGGGGAGCCUGGCGCGAUCCUUGGAGACUGUCUUGGAUGA